AUGGGAAAUUAAACUUUGUGUAUUAGUGAACACUAAAUGAUAACUUAGAAUAAAAAUAAACAAAAGAAAGUCAAUUAAGUUCAAUAAUUUACAAAUUUGAAUAAUGAAGAGUCGGAUAAAUAAUCAUUAAUCUUAAUAAAUUCCAACGAAUAAUUUUAAACUGCUUCAUUAAAUGAUUGGUUAGAAUGUUUACAUGAAUGUGUACUAAUAAGCUAAUUUGAUCUUAAAUGUAAUGCAUCCACUAAAUUUUUUUCUGAAAUUGAUGAUGAUGUAGAAAUAGAUGAUCAUAAAAAUUCAGUCAUUGAUUAAUAAGAUCUUCAUGAAUAUCAAAAAAACUAUUCUUAUUGUAAUUCACUUUUAGACAUGGUUAUAAUAAAUUUCCAUGUUUUGAAAAAAAAUGAAUUUAAGUAAUAUUUAAUUAAAUUAUAUAGACUUAAACUUAUUGAAGGUCCUCCAAAAUAAAGGAUUAGAUGGUCUUGUUGGUAAUUGAUGGCUUAUAUUCCAAAAAGCUCUAUUCAAUCUGAUCAUUUAUCUUUUUUAGAAGAAGAUUAUAAAUAAUCAUAUGCAAUUAAAAAAGAUACACACAGAACUGUUACAGCUAAAAAUAUUAAAUACUUUGAAACUGGAGAAGGAAAAAAAGACCUUGAAAAAGUAUUAAUAAAAUUAUCCAAACUUUUCCCAAAACUUGGAUAUUGUUAAGGCAUGAAUUUUCUUGCUGGUUUUACUUUAAUUAUUAAUAAUAAAAAUGUCACAUAAUGCCUAUAAUUCUUGGCACAAAUUAUGACUAAUCCUAAAUUUUUAAUUUAUUAUCUUUAUUCAGAUGAAAUGCCAUUAUUAAAAUUACUUGAAUAUAUUUGUUAAUAAGAAAUUAAAUUUAAACUCCCUAAUCUUUAUAAUCAUAUUUAUAAUAGAUUAGAAGUUUCAAAUGCGUUUUGGCUUACUAAAAUAAUAAUGACAUUAUUUUUAUACAACUUUCAUAUCAAUAAUGUAUGCAGAUUUUGGGAUUUCAUAUUAGCAACUAAUAUAUUUUAAAUAUCAGCCAUAAUAUGCUCAUUUCUUGAAAUUAACAAAAAUAGUAUAUAUAAAAUGGAUGAUCUAAAUAAAUUCAUUAUUUGGUUUGAUGCUCUGUAGGAUUAAGAAAUACCUUAAGAAUAAAUUUAAAUUUUAAUGUUUAAGUCCAUCAAUUAUAUUAUUAAGAGAGAAAAAAUAAAUUCUUAUGCUAAUUUAUACUGCACUGGUCAUAAAAAUAAUCAUCCUCUUCAAUUAGAAAUUGCAAAUGAAUAUGAAGAUAUGACUAGAUUGAAAAUUUUUAUUAAAAAAGAUGUUUUUGAUUUUUGA